AUGUUUCCUACUCCUAGUGGAGUACGUCAAGGUAGUCAUUUAGGUCCGUUAUUUUUUAAUAUUUUUAUAAAUGGUAUUUUUUCUGUUGUCUCUCCAUGUCGUAUAUUACUUUUUGAUGACGAUGCUAAAAUAUUCUUUAAAAUUUCUAAGAGUGAUGAUUGUUUGACUCUCCAAAAAGUCUUAGAUCAAUUUGUCAUCUGGUGUAAGACAGUCGGUUUAUCUCAUAACGUUGAUAAAUGUAAAGUCAUGUCCUUUUACCAAACUCGUGAAAUGAUAAGUCACAAUUACUGUCUUGACAGAAUACAGUUAAAACGUGUCUCUCAAGUAAAUGACUUAGGUAUUGUUUUUGUUCCUUCGCUAGACUCUAGACCACAUAUUGACUUCAUAGUUGGUAAAGCUCUGCGUGUGUUAGGAUUUAUUCGUCGUAAUUUUUCAAAUUUCAAAUCUUGUAAUUGUUUAGUUGCUCUAUAUAGUUCUCUUGUUAGAUCGACUUUACAAUAUGGAACAUUGAUCUGGUCACCCUACACAGCAGUUGACAAACGCCGAAUUACUAAGGUUCAAAAUAGAUUUCUAGGUUUCGCUGGUUAUACCCUGAAUAUUGCACACCCAGUCCACGAUUACGGUCCCAUAAACGAAUUUCUUAAUCUUGAGUCCUUAGAAUAUAGACGUGUAAAAUUCGGUAAAUAUUUUAUCGAUAGAUUAUUAAAUGGUGAUAUUGAUGCCCUACGUUUACUAGAACAACUUGAUAUUCUUGUACCCUUUAAUACUAGGUUUCAGUGUCAAUUUUAUUUACCUCUAAGCAGCUCCAAUUUUGCUAAAAAUGCACCCUUAAUUAAGCUUAUGCGUGAAUAUAAUGAUAAUCUUUAG